AUGAUGAAGGAGUCAAUUCAGGCCACAUCAACUAAGAUGGAUGUUAUUAAUGAAAGAGAAAAGAGGAAAAAUAAUAUCAUUCUGUACAACAUGUCUGAAAAGGAAAAUAUUAAAGAGUCAGUUAACAAGCUACUAAAAGAGAUCUCAGGAACAGACUUGGGGACAGAGGUAGUUGAAAUUUCAAGAUUGGGAAAAAAGUCUGAUGAAGAAAAAUCAAGACCCGUUCUAGUUCAGUUUUCUAAUUAUACUGUUAAAAAUCUCAUCCUAAACAACUGCGCCAAGCUGAAAAAAUCCUUGAAUUUUAAUAAAGUCAUCAUCAACCAUGACUUUUCAAGGGAAGAUAGAAUAAGUAACAGGAAGAUUUUGGAAGAGAAAAAAAAAGAAAUUGGUGAAAAAGAUGAUGUAUCAAAGUGGUCAUUCAGACUGAAGGGCGUGCCAGGAGACUUUUAUGUUAUUGCUUUCAAGAAGCAAAAUUUACUAAAAAGUCCAAACUCUAAUGUUGGAAAUAAUGAUCUUUUGCUGAAGUUGAUAAAUGAUGUGCUGGCAUUACCUGGUGAAACCCUAAUGUUUGGAGACUUUAAUUUUCCUGAUAUUAAUUGGGACACGUCCAGUUGUGAAGGUAAUGAUGAGAGGGUUGAAAACAGAUUUUUGGAUCUUCUUAAAGAUAAAUUUUUAAUACAACACAUCAAUCAUCCAGCAAGAUUUAGAGAUGGUAACAGUGACCACUCAAUUUUGGAAUUCAAGGUGACUGGUUUUUGUUGUUCAGCCAUGGAAUGUGAUAAAAAGUAUUGUUUUGAUUUGAGUGAUUAUAUAAAUUUUAGAAAUGCACUGGGGGUCUCCUUGCAGUGUAAAAAUUAA